CCUCAGCACACACCACUCUUUUUCAACCUUAUAUUUUCCCUCUCCUCUCUCUCUCUCUCUCUCUCUCUCUCUAAUGAACUUCCACCAAAGCCCUAACCCUAAUUGGACUCAUCACCAUUUUGGGGCGAAUAUCGAUCCUCUCAUGGACUUUGAGCUCUCUGAUUACCUAGUCUUGGAGGAUGGCUCUGUAGUGGAUCAUCAAUUCGACUCUUUAUCUUCACAAAGUUUUCCCUCCCCUGAAAACAAUUUUCUGGUCGGUGACGGCGGCGGCCACGGCGGUUCUACUGAUCAAGCCAUCAACAAUAAUAAUAUGAGUGGUGCAACUUCAAGUAACACUAACAUAAAAAGCAGAAAAAACAAGAUGGAUCAAGUGGGUCAUAGAGUUGCUUUCAAAACAAAAUCGGAGCUUGAGAUAAUGGACGAUGGUUUCAAGUGGAGGAAGUAUGGGAAGAAGUCAGUCAAGAACAGCCCAAACCCCAGGAACUACUACAAGUGUUCAAGUGGAGGAUGCAAUGUGAAGAAGAGGGUAGAAAGAGACAGAGAGGACUCAAGCUAUGUGAUAACUACAUAUGAUGGAGUCCACAAUCAUGAGACCCCUGGUGUGGUCUAUUACAACCAAAUGCCUCUUAUGGCUCCAAAUGCUUGGAAUUUGCAACCUUCUCACUCUCACUCUCACUCCCACUCCCACUCUUCCUCUUCUUCAUAGAAUAAUAAAUAACCCAAGUUGAUCAAUAUUUAUAUAUAUAUAUAUAUAUUUAUAUAAAUAUAAAGUCCUUUUCUAUCACCUUAGAUCUUCUAGAUAUAUUGUCAUCUUGUUAAACCCUAAAAGAAGAGAUCAUAUUAAAAGUAGUGCUAUAUUGUAAAUAUUUUGCACGUGAAUUAUAUAUCAAUGAGAUCAAAAAGAUGUAGAGAUCGAGUCAUUUGAAAUAACAGCUUUUUUUAUUUAAUAUACAA